CAUGCCCCCUGCCCCUAAUAAUGCCCCCUGCCCCUAAUAAUGCCCCCUGCGCCUUGUCCUUUGCUAAAAAAUCUUAUCACGGACUAGCAUGCCUUGACAUCACGUAUUUUUCCACUCGAGAUACUGAUAUCCACCGGGCAUCGUGACGUGCAACUCUCGGAGAAAAACAUUAGAUUGAUAUAGAUCCAGGGGAUAUAGACUAGACAAUAGUCUAAAAAAAACUAUAAAAGAAGAAAGAAGAAGAAGAAGAAGAAGAAGAAGAAGAUUAGAUUGCCGCGGACGCAACGGGAGGAACCUUAGGCCUCUCGGAUAUGGCACGUCUCUGGAAUGCUGUUAUUGCGGUGAUUGUGGCUGUUAUUGCAGGUCGAGGUCUAGCUGCUGGAGGAGAAUGCAAGAGCCGUAACUUUGGCCAUGGAAGUGUCGUGUGUGUGUGCGACGCUUCACACUGCGACGAACUAGCCCCAAUCAAGCCAGAAAGACCAGGGGAAGCGCUUAUAGUCACGUCAAGCAAGUUAGGUGCGAGAUGGAGGAUGGAAUACAAAUCAUUUUCCGACUUCAGCAACGAGAUAAAUUCGUCUGGUCCUGUUCUUGAACUUGAAGUAAACAGUAAUGUGCUUUACCAAGAAAUCAUUGGCUUUGGAGGUGCGUUCACUGAUGCUGCUGGUCUCAACAUCCUCUCUCUCCCAGAUGCCUUGCAAGAUGAGGUCCUCAGAGCAUAUUACUCUAAUACUGGCCUUGAGUACUCAAUGGGACGGGUUCCAAUAGGUGGAACGGAUUUCAGCACUCGUCCAUAUACUUAUGAUGACCUAAAACCUGGAGAAACAGACCCCUCUUUGGCAAAGUUUGCAUUAGCUCCAGAGGACCUGAACUAUAAGAUACCACUAAUUCAAAGGGCGGCAAAGAUCUCCAAAAAGCCAAUCAAACUGUUUGGCUCUGCCUGGGGGGCUCCGGCGUGGAUGAAGAACAAUGGCAAGAUUUGGGGUAAAGGGAAGCUGAAUACCAGUGCAUAUACAACAUGGGCUAAUUACCAUGUCAAAUUUCUGGAGAGUUAUGCAAAACACAACAUCAGUUUUUGGGGCUUGACUACUCAGAACGAACCAACUGAUGGCCUUGUCAAGGAUUUUCAGUUCAAUGCUAUUGGUUGGACCCCACAGGAACAGGCAGAAUGGAUAGGAAAACAUCUUGGUCCUACCCUGAAGAACCACAGUUUAUCCUCUGUCAAGAUCAUGAUAAUGGAUGACAACCGACUGCUCUUACCCAAGUGGGUAGAAGAUGUAAUGGCAGAUAAAGAGGCACAGUCCUACGUCUCUGGUGUUGGCAUUCAUUGGUACUUGGAUUUCGUAACUCCAGCCGUGGCCCUUGAUCUCACACAUGAACGAUUCCCUGACUUGUUUUUGCUCUAUACUGAGGCUUGUACAGGUCAGUGGCCAUGGCAACCACUUAAAGUUGUCUUAGGGUCGUGGGUGCGGGCAGAAGACUAUGCAUCUGACAUCAUUGAGAACCUCAAACAUUGGGUAUCAGGCUGGACUGAUUGGAACCUGGCGCUGGAUGUCAAGGGAGGACCUAACUGGGCAAAAAAUAAUGUUGACUCACCCAUUAUUGUCAAUGCUCCACGCAAGGAAUUCUACAAGCAACCAAUGUAUUAUGCACUGGCCCAUUUCACAAAGGCUUUGCCAGAAGGAAGCCGUCGAAUCGAUCUCGGUGCCACAAUGCUCUCUGACUCUGUGUCUCUUCCUGUGUAUAGUGUAGCCUUUGCUCAGCCAGACAACACCAUAGUGCUUUUCGUUGUUAAUCGAUAUCACAGUCAGGUCCAAAUGAGGAUUAAAGACAACAUGCUGGGGCAGUUUGACAUGUAUGUGGAUGCACAUACUAUCAUGACAAUUGCUUGGAACAAAUAGCUGUUUGUGGCAUUUAAGACAUGUUUAUGUAUUUUUCCACAGUAUUAAUGGGGUCUUAAGGUAAUAUCAAAAUAAGCUAUCAUCUUACUGGUGCUGAAAAUUAAGCAUAGAUAAGUGAUUAACCUGUUGGAUCGUGGCAUGCAUGUGGCCCAAAAUCCAGGUAUUAGGCUUACUUGAGUGGCGACUUUCCUAGGCUUUUGGCUUGUUGACUCAUGCUCAGUAUUAUGACUCCUUGCCUCCACUUAGCAAUGGUAUUAGCCCAUUUUCUGAGAUCUAUAUUUGUCAUUUGUUAUGCUGUAUCAUGAUGAUAAUAGACUGUUUUAUUUUAAGUUAGCAGACACCAUAUUAUCUAUCCAGGUUGUUUACACUGUGCAAUAACAACAACAAUAAGUAGCAUUGUGUUAUUUUCUAUAUAUUAGUAUUCUUAAAUUUUCUGUAAUACAUCCUACACUACUGUAAUCUUAGGCGGGAAUAGGUUCCUGCAUGUGGAUGGACAUAAUGUCCUUUCAGGACAUAUUUGAUGGCUAGUGAACGUCAUCCUCAUGCACUUAUGCAAAUCUUGCAGGAGCUCGCAAGCAAGCCCCAUUCCAAAGACCCACUGACUAAAUUUCAGUUAUUUUGUGUGCUCAUGAUGAGGCUUCCCCAUCCCAUGACAUAUGGCAACAAAUUACUGUGAUUAAAUGUUUCUGUCAGCAGCCCCUUGGCCAAUUUUUUUCCAUGACAAGACAUACCGGUCACAUGUCCCUUGCCCAAAUUUUUUCUUGACAUCACCUAGAUCCAACAGGUUAAGUGACAAGUUUUUGUUGUGAGGUGUAAAAGAGUUAGCUUUUAAUUUAGGGGUUAUUGUCUGACGUGUAAUCAGUCUUUCAUGUGGAAGAAAGGAAAGGUACCUUCCCUUUCUUCACAUUAUCCUGUGAUAGGAAGAUUAGCAACAUUCCUGUUUGUUCGUUUUUUUUCUCCUUCAGCUUUAGAUUUUCCUUUUUAUCCCUUUUCUUCAUCAUCAUCCCUUUUCUUCCUCAUCAUCCCUUCUCUUCUUCUUCUUCUUCUUCUUCUUCUUCUUCUUCUUCUUCUUCUCCUUCUUCUCCUUCUUCU